AUUUGGCACAAGCAAAUCCUCCCCUAAAUCUCUCCUUGAUGUUGUUCUACAACAACAGUAUAUUCCCCUUAUAUUUUUUUUGGGAACCCUCCUUCACCCUAAAAAUCUCUCUCUCUCUCUCAUGUUUAAUAUAGAGACUGCGUUAGGUUAAAGCCUCCUGUCUUCGAUGCUCCUCCUCCUCCUCUUCCUCCUAUAAGAUGUCAUCAACCGCCGUGCCUUUCUCCUCCUCCGCUUGUUUUCCGUCUCAGAGUUGAAGUAUUUAUCGAGUAAGUGCAUCAGAAGCGUUCCCAUUGGCUUGGAGGGGAAGGAUGGCCAUGAAGAAAGUGGAGAAGAUCCGGCAGGUCGUGCAACUGAAGCAGGUGAUGCGGCGGUGGAGGGCCCUCAGCCUCCGGCGCCGCGGCGAAGAGGACGGCUCGGGGGGCGCGGUGCGGCCGGGGUCCGUGGCGGUGUACGUCGGGCAGGAGCGCCGGCGGUUCGUGAUCCCGACCCGGUUCCUGAACCUGCCGGUGUUCGCCGCCCUGCUGCAGCGGGCGGAGGAGGAGUACGGGUUCCCCCCCGCCGGCGGCCUGGCCCUCCCCUGCGACCCCACCUUCUUCCGCUACGUCCUCGACGCGCUACACCGGGACGAGCCCCGGUUCGGCGCCCUCGGCCUCGACGCCUUCCUCGCCCUCUUCGCCGACCUCGGCGGCGCCACCUCUCCCUGCCGCGAACCCCUCUCUUACAACGGCUUCUCCCCUCUCCUCCCCAAGACCAAGGCUCGAUGAUCCUCUCUUCUCCUUCUAAAUUGUACAGAUGAAACGGCAGUCGAUCAGAAGAAGGUGGAGUUCUCCAAGAGCUUCAUCCGUGGAUCCUCAGAAGCGAUGUUAGCUUUCUUCUUCCUCAUCUCCUCCUCUCCAAAAGAACCCUGAAUCCAACCAACUCCUUUCCUUUUUAGUCUUGAUCAUGGGGUUGUAAGGUUCUUUUGGAUUCAUAAUCUGGAAUCAAUGGAAGUUGAAGCUGCAUGUUUUCUCUGCAUCUCAAAUCUUGUGUCUCGUUGUGUUCUUUGUGCAUGGCAACUUAGAAAGAGAUAGGAUGCAUGAACAUGACCCCUCCUCCUCUGCAAUGAUGUCAACUUCUUCCUCGUUGCAUGGACCUUUGAGAGUCUGCUACAACUUGCAAGAAGUGGUAGAUGAACAUGAACAUGGUGUGGACUUGCCCUAUCUCAUUUUUUUUGGCUCCCACAAUGAGAAGAAAAGAAGUUGUGGAUGUGUACCAAUCAGUACAGGAAUCAUCAGCAUCUUCUUAGGAUCUGUGUUAUAUGUCAGGGAAAGAGGAUAGGAUCAUCAGCCUGAUCUAUCUUGAACUUAGGAUUGAGAAGAAGGCCUGCCAUCUUUUGUUGGCUCUUCAAAGCUUGUGAGGGUGGAGAGAGAAAAUAAAAUGGAGUGCUUCCUUCUUUCCUUCUCUAUGUAACUGAAGGAAGGCAGAGCAGAAUGCUGAAGGAUGUGUACAAGAAAAGCUGAGACCUGCUCUGCCUACAUCCAGCACAAACACCA